AUGGCACAACCAAGGAAAAGAAAAAAUACUGAAAAGGAUCCUGUGCCCGCAAAGAAGAAGAAAAUCAUUGCGCUUGGAAAAAAAGGUAAUAUUCACCAAACUAAGCGAUUUCCAGUGCAGCAGAUCCAUGAGCUAUUGGAAACGAAAUUCCCCGGUGGCACUGUCAAGGCCGAAGCAGCUGUAUACCUGACUGGCGUCUUGGAAUAUGUAGCUGCUGAGAUCUUGGAGUUGUCGGCCAACGCUGCCAGAACUCGAUGCAGUGGAAAAAGUGGACAGUUCAAAGUUGCCUUGGAGGACAUGAUAUCGGCCAUUGACAGCGACAUAGAGAUCAAAGAACUGACCGAUAAAGUCAGACUGGCAAACGCGGCGAGCAAACAAGGAAUAAACAAUUAUAGUGUUAAAAAAUAA